UACCUGAAAGUGACGGCUCCGUUAACGGCGUGCUAUUUUCCAUCUAAACGCAGCUGCACGCAGACCACCGUCACGAUACCACGGAAGACAGAAAAAGGGGAAGAAGGCAGUCGAAAUCUGGAAAAAAAAGAGCUCUUCCAGCGAAAUCCCAUUCAUGUUGUCCGAACCGAAGCCGUCUCGUUCCGUAUUCUCUAUCUUCCUUCCCCUCCUUUAAGUUUUAUAAUCUCGUCGUGGCGUAAUCGGGGAUCGAUCGGGGCUUCUACGGUUUUUGAGCCAGGGUUCUAGGGGCGGAGGGGGGGAGGUAAGGACAAGGGGAAGGGGUCGAUAAGCGGUUCGGCGGGCAUGGAUCUCGAUAAGGUGGAGUUUUCCAACGAGGGGAAGGGGGCUGCGGCCUCCUCCUGCUCGAUUUGCCUGGAGCUCGUGCUGAAUCGGGGGGACAGAUCGACCGCCAGGCUCCAAUGCGGGCACGAAUUCCAUCUAGGGUGGGAAAUAUGGAUGGCAUGCCAUAUGGGGAAUGCAAGGUUAAGAGAUUGCAUUGGCUCGGCAUUUAAUGCAAAGGGGGCAAUGCAGUGCCCAAAUUGUCGGAAAGUUGAGAAAGGUCGAUGGCUUUAUGCAAAUGGACACCACCGCUCUUCUGCUGAUUUUGAUAUUGAUGGCUGGGUUACUGAAGACAUCUAUGGUCUUGGUUACUCUGAGCUGCCGUUUGGAUUUCAGUGGUGUCCUUUCCGUGGUUUUACACAACUUGCAUCAUUAUUUGAGGAAGGAGAACCCCAGCCAAACUCUUAUCAUGAAUUAAUGGGCAACUCAGCAUAUGGAGACCAUUCAAGUGCUUCAAGUAGUUCACAUGCAUGCCCAUACAUGGCCAUGCAUGGGCUUCCUCAUGCUGCGCCUUCAAAUUCUGCUGACUCUCUUCCAGAGAAUGGUCCAUUUCAUCGACAUCCAACUAGCUUGGGAGGACAAUCAUCUGCUGAUAUGAUCAACUCCCACAGUUUUCCUGCAACAGAGCCACAAAACCAUAACUGGCAGCAACAGCAUUCCUUUUCAUUUCCUUUGCCUGGAAACAGCGAUCAGUCUGCAUCUCAGUUUGGUUUGAGGUUAUCUAGAAACGAUACUGGCAGCCAGCAGAGAUUAGGAUCUUUUGUGCAUCCCCACCCUCUUAUGCAUGGGUCUGUUGCACGCAGUGGAAACAAUUUGGUCACAUCACUAGGACCUCCAGUUAUAGGGGAGGUUAGGGGUCAUACUCGUGGUCCUGCCAGUCACAUCUAUCUUCAGUCUGUAUCAUCUUCGUCGCUGCGAACCUCUCCCUUUGCUCCCAUCAGGAGAAUGAGGCCAAGGGGGGUAACUCUAAUUUCUUCGGUUGCAUCCUCUUCCUCAGCUGAAAUUGGCGGUUUCUAUGGCUUCUCUCUAUCUGGAUCUGUAAGCAGGAACCAUCAAGAAGGUGAGAACAUCGGCAGACAUAUUGACCGGUUUUAUGGAUGGGGUAGAGAGGGUUUCUCGCCCCUACCCUGGAUCCCACUUGAGGGUGAAUCCCAGUGGUGGAGUCCUUUCAAUCCUAAUCAGAAUCCUCAGCCAGGAAGCUUCACUCAGAGAGCAGCUGCUUCUGAAAGGGUUACACACGGCCAUCCUGAGAAUGGGUAUCAGCGCAUGUCGCAUCCUCGAAUGCCACCAAACAUCUGAGGAAUGCUGCUGCUUGAGAUGCUUCAAGAUUGAACUUUGUUUUUUCAUUUUGUAUAUCGCCCAUAUCGCAUUAAAAUUGUUUUGGACGGGGGAACUGUGGAUGUGGCAGUUUCUGUAUGGGAUUUGAAGUUGUGGACAGUGGUGCUUCUGGAAUGAUGUUUCCUAUGGUUUUAUCUUGAGUAGCCCUGACUCUGGUGGUGGGCUGGGCAUUUUCUAUUUAAUCUGCUCUAGAACAUCAUAUAUAAAAGCGGAAAUAGAGCUGGAAACAAGAGCGCAGGUGCUGUUUCUAUGUUAUUUGUAUGAACCUGCUCUUAUUGCCUGGUUCUGCCAUUCGUCUGAAAUAAUGCAUCGCCAAUGUACCAGGAGGGGAAAAUCCUUCCAUGUGCCUUAUAGAAAUAUGCUAUAACCAUGAAUCAAACUUAUAUUUUUUUC